AUGUCUCUCAACGAUCAAUUCACUCAAGUCGCCACCAGUGUCAGAAACUGGAAGACCACCCCUAGCAAUGACGAGAACCUCGCCCUGUACUCCUUGUACAAGCAGGCCGUUUUUGGAGAUGUUAACAUUGCUGAGCCCAGCGGUUUAGUAGAGAAGGCCAAGUUCAAGGCGUGGUCAGGCCGCAAGGGAAUUUCCCAGGACGACGCCAAGAAACAGUACAUUGAUCUGGCUGAGCAACUGAAAUCUAAAUACCAGUAA